AAUAUGGGUUUAUCCCUUUAAAAUAUCAGGGCCCAACUGCAAGAGCAAAGGUAGCGAAAGCCGAUGAGAAAACCCCCAAAUAAGAAGGGGCAACUGAAACUGAAAGCAUCGCUCAUUUUUACGUUGUUCAGAAUUUGGGUUGACGCCUUCUGUGAGGAGAUUCUUUCUUCCAGUUUCUUGCUAGGAAUCACAGCACUUGUUCCAGUUUUAUAAGAAGUUAAGGUGUGCAAUGGAUUGGGCUUUUGUGCAAAAAUCUUGGGAGAAAUGGGCUUCCUCCAAUAUUGGUUCUUCUGGUCUGCCAUUGAAGGCUGCUAUGCUGAUUAACUAUGACCCAUUCAGGCCUUCUCGGCUGUUGUCUACUAUAGCCGAACAGGAAGGAAUAAAGAUCAGCCCAAUUGAGUUGAGUCAAUUUGUCAAUUUCAUCAAGCGCAAUAAACUGCAGAAAGAGACUUUCAUGAUUGGGAAUAACCAUUUUGAAGCUGAUAAAUGGAUGACAGACAUGGUUACAUCAAUUCAUGAAAAUUGGUUCUGUGCGAGGUGCCUGAACACGUCAAAAUCUGCUGGGGAAGGUGCCAUUGUGAUGCUGACAUCAGUGUUUCUGUUGGUUGCGCUGUAUGAUGGGUCAAUUGGCUUAGCAUCUCGUGCUAUGGCAUCUGUGGAUCAACUUGUUUGGCAGCUGAAUCGAAAGAACCUUUGAGCCUGGCUUCCACAUAUAUAAAAAAAAAAAAAAGAUUAUUGUAAGUUUCGGUGCUAAAAGGUUGGGCUGCCUCUGUGCUAUAUCUGACUCUAUUUAUUUAUCUAAGUGGCAUUGUUUAACUUUGGUAAUGAGAAAUGACUAGGGCCAAAUGUCAGAAACGGACUAAUUGUUGGAAGCAAGUUGCAGAGAUCGUUGUGUCAGACUCCAGUUGCAACAUCUGAUCAUAUAACCGAUAAUGCAAAAUGAGAGAGAAUCGGAGUUGCAUGAAAUUAAAGAGAUGGGAUGUAAUGUCUUGACGAAUAAUGGAAUUCUAGUUUGCAGUACCUUAACCUUUUCUAUCUAUCUAUAUUACUCUCUAGUAUGACCAAGAUAUUAACUGGUGGUAUCACCAGGCUUUUUCCUUUAUUAUUAAUUGUUUUGGAACAUUUAUCAUCCGAAUGCUUGAUACAUUCAUUAAUUGGAGCCUGAUUGUGUCGUAUGAUAUUGGGCGGCAUCCAUAUGGUAAUCUUAAUAUAUGAAUUGGGCAAACCCAAUCUUGAA